AUGGAUCACAGCCUGCUAUGGCCCGUGAAAUUCACGGAGCACAAGCGCGUCACCAAAAAGCUCAUCAAACCCCCAAAACAGAGCCUCAGAAAACAGAGCCCCAAAACUUUCGCUAAUUCCAACAAAUGCCCCAAAACUGUUCGAAUUUCCGUCACAGACCCCGACGCCACCGACUCCUCCAGCGACGACGAGGACGAGCUCUUCCGGCGCCGGCGGGUCAAGAGGUACGUCGACGAGAUCACGAUGGAGACGGCCGCCGCCGCUGGCCUCCAGGCGAAACCCAAGCCGAUGAAGGCCCCGCCGGCCGCCGCCGAAGGCGGCGGCGUCGUCGCCAGGAAGUUCCGUGGCGUCCGGCAGCGGCCGUGGGGCAAAUGGGCAGCCGAGAUCCGGGACCCCUCCCGGCGGGUCCGCCUCUGGCUGGGCACCUACGACACGGCGGAGGAGGCCGCCAUGGUCUACGACAGCGCCGCCAUCAAGCUCCGUGGGCCCGACGCGCUCACCAAUUUCGUCGCCCCCCCGCCGGAGGGAAUCUCGGCGGAAAACAACGCCGCCGCCUCUGUUUCCGGCUACGAUUCCGGCGACGAGUCCUCCCACAACCACAACCUCUCGUCGCCGACCUCCGUCCUCCGGUUCAGGAGCAGCCGGUCGAGCGAGGAUUUUACCGAAACUCCGGCCAAAGGAGACGACGUCGACGAGCCCUCUGUGCUUUCCGGCGAUUGCUUCGUGGAAACGCCGGCGGGAAUUCCGGGUCGGGGCCGCGAAUGUGAAGAGUGCCAAGGUGAAACGAGCACGGCUUCCGAUUAUAACUGCACCGACUAUCUCCCCAUGGACAUUCCCUUGUUGGACGAUUUCUUCAAUUUCCAAACCCAAAAUGGGCCCUUGCUAUUCGAUAAUGGGCCGGGCUUUUUUGGCGGGCUCGACGAGUUCAAGAUGAGUUUCGACGAUUUUCCCGCCCUCGAAACUCAAGGCUCGAGUUUUAUGGAUGUUGAUCAAGAUUCGUUUCAAGAACUGGACUCGGAUUAUUUUCGGGACAUGUGUGAUUUUCCGAGCGUCGAUGCACUAUUAGCUAUAGAAACCCCGUCAAAAUAA